CCUGCUUCCGCUUUUCUCUCCCCCACAAACCACACAGCCCCCCUCCCAUAGAGCCUCUCACUCUCUCAAUUCCUAAAGAUUCAGUUUUAGAGAGAGAGAGAGAAAAACCAGGAAGCCUAUUAAUGCCUAUCACCGAGAAAUCGUGAUCGGAGCUCUUGCUUUUUUCACUGACUCGCCAGUUUCCGGCCGCCGGCCAGCAAAAAGUUGUCGUUCAGGCGAAAAUAUCAAACACUGACAUUGUGCUAUAUCCUAAUUGACAGUGGAAGGGAGGGAAAUGGAUCUUAGUAAGGUUACUUUGGAGAUCUUCACGAAAUUGGAGCAGAAAUGGCUUUCGCACUGUGUAAGCACGAAAAAAACGCGAGUGCUCAGCAUUGACGGUGGUGGAACCACCGGCAUUGUCGCCGGCGCUGCUCUUAUACACCUGGAGGACCAGAUCCGCCUCAAAACCGGCGAUCCGCAUUCUCACAUUGUCGAUUUCUUCGACAUCAUUGCUGGUACUGGCGUCGGUGCUAUUCUUGCUGCCAUGCUCUCGGCUGACGAUGGCUCCGGCCGUCCUCUCUUCACCGCCAGGGAAGCUGUCAGACUCAUUUCAGAGAAGAACUCCGAGCUUUUCAAGCUUAAGCUCGUCGGAGUACUUCGCCGUCGCCGUAGGUUCUCUGGUAAGAGCAUGGAUAAGGUCUUGAAGGAAGCUUUUAAGAAAGAGGACGGUACGGUCUUGACCAUGAAGGAUACGUGCAAGCCGUUGCUCAUUCCGUGCUACGACCUCAAGAGCUCUGCUCCCUUCGUUUUCUCUCGCGCCGACGCUUCUGAGUCGCCUAGCUUUAACUUCGAGCUUUGGAAAGUGUGCCGCGCCACGUCAGCUACGCCCAGCCUAUUUAAGCCGUUUUCUCUGACGUCAGUUGACGGCAAGACCUCCUGCUCCGCCGUAGACGGAGGCUUAGUGAUGAACAACCCCACGGCGGCCGCAGUGACGCAUGUUCUCCACAACAAGAGAGAUUUUCCCUCGGUCAACGGCGUUGAAGAUCUGUUAGUCCUCUCAUUGGGUAACGGCCCGUCUUCUGGGCGCCUGAAGGUCCAUUGUAACGGCAAGUGCUCCACGUCUUCGGUCGUCGACAUUGCACUUGACGGAGUCUCAGAGACCGUGGACCAGAUGCUUGGGAAUGCUUUCUGUUGGAACCCCACGGAUUACAUCAGAAUCCAGGCAAACGGACUGGCAAGUCCGGGAUUGGUGGGGCCGAGAAUGGCGGAGGCGGUGUUGGAGGAGAGAGGAGUGGAGUCGUUACCGUUUGGCGGGAAGCGGUUACUGAUGGAGACAAACGGGCAGAGAAUUGAGAGCUUCGUCCAACGCCUUGUUGCUUCCGGAAAGUCCAGCCUUCCCCCUAGUCCCUGCAAAGAAUCUGCAGUUAGCCCUCUUGCUAACGGCCGUUAGUUUUCCAGUGUCUUUUUAACUCAAAAGCUCAAGUUUUCGAGUUAAAUAACACCACUAAUUAAUCAUCCGUUUUAGUUUUUCUUUAACUUAGUCAAUGCAAAGCCUCGUCAUGUUUGGGUUCUGGACCUUGCUAGCCUUAGUUACUGUAAAUUUUGAAAAUCAAUGCAAAGUGUAGACUUUGAUUUUAAUAAUUCUACUAAUACUCU